UUAUGAACUGUCCGGAGUGGACCACCGAAGACGGCUUUGAGAUGCAGUUCGGGACCAAUCAUUUGGGUCACUUUUUGCUGACGCUAUCAUUGAUGCCAUUAAUCAAGAAGUCGUCGAAAGCGAGGAUAAUAACAGUGUCAUCGGUGGCCCACAUGAUGGGAACCAUUAACUUUGAGAAUAUCAAUCUGCGAAACCAGGCCUACGACCCGAUGACAGCCUACAGACAAAGCAAAUUAGCGAAUGUACUCUUCACGAGACAACUCUCUCGGCGACUGUCGUCUCAAAGUAAUAUCAAUUGCUAUUGUCUUCAUCCGGGAAUCAUUAGGACUGACUUAUGGCGACACCGCUCUGCCGGCGGUCUCCUUCAGAAAUUUCUUCAUCAGUUAUUGCUUAUCGACGAACAACUCGGCGCUCAGACCACUCUUUACUGCACUCUUGAUGAACGUCUGGACACCGAAACCGGAUUUUAUUAUGAGUUAGCAUUUGAGCCUGAUUGCCUUCGAGUCGAUGAGAAAGACAUGGUUUUUAAUGCAAGGGAUGACUUGAGUGCCCAAAUGCUAUGGAAAUUGAGCUCAGAUUUGGUGAAACUUGAAGAUCAUCUCAAACUU